AUGGCGGACGAGUUCGAGAUCGACAACCAGGGCGAUGCCGGUGCGUCUGCCACUUUCCCCAUGCAGUGCUCUGCUCUGCGCAAGAACGGUGCCGUCGUUAUCAAGGGCCGCCCCUGCAAGAUCGUAGACAUGUCCACCUCCAAGACCGGAAAGCACGGUCACGCCAAGGUCCAUCUCGUCGGUAUCGACAUCUUUACCGGCAAGAAGCUUGAAGAACUUUGCCCUUCCACCCACAACAUGGAGGUCCCCGUUGUCAAGAUUAAGCAGUACAACUUCUCUCACCUUGAGGAUGGCUUCAUUGUUCUCCACGACAUCAACACCAGCGAGGAGCGAAGCGACAUCAAGGUCCCCGAGGGUGAGAUUGGUAACAAGAUCGAGGCUGCCGAUGAGAACGGAACCCCUCUUAUCAUUACCAUUCAGUCCGCCAUGGGCGAAGAGGCCGCCAUCAAGGCCGACGAGCCUGCCCAGAAGGACUAA